AUGUCAAGAGCCAAAAGCAAUGCAAGGAAAAAAGCAUUAGGCAUCAAAGUACCUAAUUACAAAUCCAAGACUUCACCAUGUGCACUUAGAUAUAAAGCAGAAAGACAAAAGAAAUAUCAACAAGAAAGGAACCGAAAACGAACACGAGAAAGGAAUCGAAAGAGAAAUGAGGCUCGUAGAGCAAAUCGAGGUGAAAAGAGUUUAGAAGAAGAUCACAAGGAGCUUGGUGAUGAUGAAGAUCUGGAUGGCAGUGAUGGGAAUUGUGUUAGUGAUGAAGAGGAUGAGAUACUAGGGUUGGAUGAAAAUGUCGGUUUAUUGGAAGGGUCAAAUUCAUUGGAUCCUAUACCAAGUACAUCCAAAACCUUAUCAAAUCACUCUGAACCUAUCCAACCUAAACCUACCAAUCCAACAGAAACUUCUAAAAAUGAAGACGAAGCUUUACAUAAAGGUGUAGAAGAAUUAGAAGAUGGAGAAGUAUCUGAUACACAAACAGAUCAAGUCAUUGCUGAAUAUCUUGUUGGAAAUAAACCGAAAGCCUAA